AUGGGCCUCCGUGAUAAGGAUCAGCUGCGUGUGCUUGAACUUGAACCCGCCCUGCCGCUCGUCCGCCUGAACCACGUCUCCUUCUCGUGCGCGUCCCUCGAAGCGUCCGUAGACUUCUACCGGCGAGUGCUCGGCUUCGAGCUGGUCCGGCGGCCGGCGUCCCUGGACUUCAAGGGAGCAUGGAUGCAUAAAUACGACAUGGGCAUACAUUUGCUGCAACGGAGCUCCGACUGCGACGCGCCGCCAGUUAGGCCGCCGGCGAUGAUCAACCCGAAGGGCAACCACAUAUCAUUCCAGUGCUCGGACAUGGCGCUGAUGAAGGCGAAGCUUCGUGACAUGGACGUGGAGCUGGUCACGACGAAAGUAUGGGACGGCGAGACGGCGGUGGAGCAGCUCUUCUUCCACGACCCGGACGGAAACAUGAUCGAGAUCUGCAACUGCGAGAACCUUCCUGUGGUGCCCCUUGCUGCCGCAGCCUCGUCUUGCCUAGCCAAGCAGCCCGCCAGCCAGUGCAGAUGAUGGCGGCUGGGUCGUGCAUUGCUGGAGAAGAAAAUUUCUCUUAUGUGCGUGACAACAGAUUUGUUCACAAAUUCG